AUGAUGGUUUUUCUCCCGUCGACAUUCCGUAUUUCUUCUGUCUUCUAUCCCUUUCUCUCACGCUACUUCUGUUCUCACUCUUCACGUCUUAUAUUACCUCCCUUCUUUUACUUUUUUUUUCUUUCUUUCUUUCUUUCUUUCUUUCUUUCUUUCUUUCUUUCUUUCUUUCUUUCUUCUCUGGUCUUUAUUUCCUACUUUCUUUCUCUAUUUCUUUUUUUUCAUUUCUAUGUUCUUUUCUCCAUAUUUUCUUUCGUCUGUGGUCUUAAUUUCCUUUUCUCUUUCUUUCUGUUAUUCUUUCUUUCUUUCUUUCUUUCUUUCUAUCUUUCUUUCUUUCUUUCUUUCUGUUAUUCUUUCUUUCUUUCUUUCUAUCUUUCUUUCUUUCUUUCUGUUAUUCUUUCUUUCUUUCUUUCUGUUAUUCUUUCUUUCUUUCUAUCUUUCUUUCUUUCUGUUAUUCUUUCUUUCUUUCUUUCUAUCUUUCUUUCUUUCUUUCCAUCUUUUUUUUCUUCGUUUUCUUUUCUCUGCAUUUAUUUAUUUUCUCUUUGUUCUUUUUCUAUCUUUCCUUCUGUAGUUCUCAUUUCUUAUUUAUUCUUUCUUGCUUUUUUUCUGUUUUUCUUUCUUUUCUUUCUUUCAUUCUUUCUGUUAUUCUUUCUUUCUUUCUUUCUGUUAUUCUUUCUUUCUUUCUUUCUGUUAUUCUUUCUUUCUUUCUUUCUAUCUUUCUUUCUUUCUGUUAUUCUUUCUUUCUUUCUUUCUUUCUUUCUUUCUUUCUUUCUUUCUUUCCAUCUUAUUUUUUCUUCGUUUUCUGUUCUCAUUUCUUAUUUAUUCUUUCUUGCUUUUUUUCUGUUUUUUUUCUUUUCUUUUUUUUUUUUCUUUCUUUCUGUUAUUCUUUCAUUUUUUUUUCUUUCUAUCUUUCUUUCUUUCUUCUUUUCUUCUUUCUUUCUUUUUUUUUUUCUUUCUUAUCUUUCUUUCUUUCUUUUUAUUCUUUCUUUCUUUCUUUCUUUUUUUUCUUUUUUGCAUCUUUUUUUUUAUUUCGUUUUCUGGUCUGCAUUUGUUAUUUUCUCUUUGUUCUUUUUCUCAUAUUUCCCUUCUGUGGUUCUCAUUUCUUAUUUAUUCUUUCUUGCUUUUUUUCUGUUUUUCUUUCUUUCUUUCUUUCUGUUAUUCUUUCUUUCUUUCUUUCUUUCUGUUAUUCUUUCUUUCUUUCUUUCUUUCUUUCUAUCUUUCUUUCUAUCUUUCUUUCUUUCUGUUAUUCUUUCUUUCUUUCUUUCUUUCUUUCUUUCUUUCCAUCUUAUUUUUUCUUCGUUUUCUGCUUCAUUCUUCAUCAUUACUUAUUUAUCUCUCCCUUUUUCUUUCAUUUGUCGUGUUCUUUUGAUGUUCUUUUUCCUCUUUCUUUCUUUCUUUCUUUCUUUAAGUCUCACCUUUUUAUUAAUUUCUUCUUCGCUCUCAAACUUUUACUAUCAUUCACUGUUUCCUUCCUUCCUUCCUUUAUUUUCUUUCUUUCUUUCUUUCUUUAAGUCUCACCUUUUUAUUAUUUUCUUCUUCGCUCUCAAACUUUUACUAUCAUUCACUGUCUUUCCUUUCUUUCUUUCUUACCCGUUCCCCUUUCUUUCUUUCUUUCUUUCUUACCCGUUCCCCUUUCUUUCUUUCUUUCUUUCUUUCUUUCUUUCUUUCUUCUGCAUUUCCUUCCCGAUUUCUUUCUUUUUCUACACACUAUUUUUUUCUUCAUUUCUUCCAAAUUUUCUCUCUUUCUCGACUCUCUUUAUCAUUCCACCUCACUUGUAUUACAUUUUCCUCUUCCGUUUUGACUCCAUAUGUCUUUUUCCCAACUCUCUUUUUUUUACCCUGUCUACCUCUUUUUCCUUUCAUUCCCUUUCCUCACUCUCUUUCUCAUUUCCCCUCACUUAUUAUUCUAUUGUCUCUCUUUUUUUUAGUCUGAAUCUUUCUUGUCCUACUUUCUCUCUCUCUCUCUCAUCACAUUCAUUCUCUUUAUGUUCCUCUAUUUUCCCUACCGUAUUUCUCUUAUCUCUCUCAUCAAUUUCAUUCUACACUUGCUUAGCCUUUCUUUGUACCACACUGUCUCUCUUUCGUUCAUUCUUUAUUUCUAUCUCCCACUAUUUUCUCUCUAUUCCUCUGUCUCUAUCUCUCUCUUUAUCUCUGCCUCUUUCUCUCUCUCUAAGAGACACGCCUUUUUUUUCUCCUGUUUUUCUCUGUCUUAUUUAUCAGAUUCAUUCAAUUCUUUUACUUAUUUACUUUUGCCAUUUUCUUUUUCUUUCAUUCCUUUUUAUUUUUUUCUUUAUUUUUUUCUUUCUUUAUUUCUUUUUGUUUUUCGUUUUUUCUUUUCUUCUUUUCUUUGUUCUUCUCCUCUACGUCUUCCUUUUAAUAGAUUCCUCUGUUUUUCUUUCUUUUCUCUGCCUCAUUCAUAAUCCUAAAUUGAAAUUGUUAUUUUCAUUCUUUCUUGUUUGCAUUUCACAUUUUAUCCAUUUUGUUUUACUUCUGUUGGUCAACCAUUUUCCUCCUUCGUUUUGUCCUUCCGUUCCUACAUUUUUCUUUGCAUCUUUUCGACCAUCACCUCUCCCAGUAUAUAAUUUUCAUUUGUUCUGUCCUUCCUUCCUUCCUUCCUUUUCUGGGUCUGUCAUUUUUUUUUAUUCUCCCUUUCACUCCUUCAUUUUUUCUUCUUUCUCUCCGUCUUUCAUUGAUUAUUUCCUUUUAUCUGUCUAUCACUUCUUCCACCGUAUUAUUUUUCAUCCCUUAUUAAUUCUUUCACUUUGUCUUUGUUCAUUUUUUCUUUCAUUUUGUCUUUGCUUCAUUUCUUCUUUCAUUUUGUCUUUGCUUCAUUUCUUCUUUCAUUUUGUCUUUUAUUCAUUUUUUCUUUCAUUUAGUAUUUUCUUCGUAUUUUCUUCGGUCUUCUUUCAUUUUGAUUUUUCUCCAUUAUUUCUUUCACUUUGUCUUUCUUUCAUUCUUUUCUUUCAUUUUGAUUUUCUUCCAUUAAUUCUUUCACUUUGUCUUUCUUUCAUUUUUUCUUUCAUUUUGAUUUUCUUCCAUUAA